UUAUUUUUGUAGUAAUUUUAUCUUGGCGUGCGAGUUGUAUUUUACGCCGACGUUUGUUCUCAAUUACUACUAAUAAUUAAGAGUCUGUCCUUAGUUAUUUUAUUGGUUCAUCCAUGGAGAAGUCUACGAGCGUUCUUCUUCAUACCAAGAAGCCCCUGAAACGAACAUGGAUCAAUCGCGUAUUCGCUCUAGUAUACGCUUCCACAGUCCUUGCUCUUCUAUAUCACCACCUCCACACUCUCUUGAUCACCACCAUCAUAACCAAUAAAUCCACUAACAAUGCACACAUUUCAGUGGCUUUGUUAAUGUUGGUAGCAGAUAUGGUGCUGGCUUUCAUGUGGUUCACUCAUCAGAUCUUUCGUUUGUUUCCCAUCAAGCGUAGGGCUUUUCCUGAAAAUCUCGUGAAAGAUGAGAGCAAGUACCCGAGCCUUGACGUGUUCAUUUGCACGGCUGAUCCGUACAGGGAGCCGCCAAUGGAUGUUGCGAAUGCGGCCUUAUCUGUGAUGGCGUAUGAUUAUCCGACGGAGAAGCUUUCGGUGUAUGUUUCUGAUGAUGGAGGGUCUCAGUUGACAUUGUUUGCUCUGAUGGAAGCUGCCGAGUUUGCAAAGCAUUGGUUACCUUUUUGUAGGCUUAAUGGCCUUGUUGUGAGGUCGCCAGAGGCCUACUUUAAGUCCUUGCAGCCCUCGGAUUCUCUUCAAAAUAUUCACGAUAUGAAGGUGUUGUAUGAGAGUAUGAAAAAGAGAGUUGAGAAUGUUGUGAUCAGAGGAAGUGUUGAUUGCAGUACUGAUGACAGUGAGCUUGAUAAGAUCGCUUUCAGCAAAUGGACCGAAGAAUUUACAAGCCAAGAUCAUCCUUCAGUUAUCCAGGUUAUCUUGGAGAGUAAAAUCAACAAAGAUGUUAACAACAAUCAGAUGCCAAACCUCAUAUACGUUUCUAGAGAGAAAAGAAAGGCUACACCGCAUCAUUUCAAAGGGGGAGCUCUUAACACACUGAUUCGAGUAUCUGCAAUCAUGACGAAUGCACCAUUAGUCUUGACAAUCGACUGUGAUGUGUAUUCCAACGAUCCACAAACGCCAUUGCGUGUACUCUGUUACAUGAUGGAUCCUUGUGUCGAUCCAAACCUUGCAUUUGUUCAGUUUCCUCAACGUUUUAACGGGAUCAACAAGAAUGAUGUGUAUAGUGCUGAGUUCAAAAAUUGGACCGAGAUUGAUGCUGUUGGCUUAGACGGGAUCUUGGGUCCAAAUUAUAUGGGCACUGGUUGUUUCUUCAGAAGACGUGCAUUUUUUGGUACCCCGGCUUCAGUUGUUCAACCUGAAUGCCCGCAACUAAGACCAGACCAUGUUCCAUGUAGCUCAAGUCUGCAGGAAGAAGAUGUUUUAGCCCUUGCACUCGAUGUUUCGCGCAGCAAUUAUGAAGCCUCAACGCAGUGGGGAUCCGAGAUGGGCUUUAUCUAUGGAUCUUUAGUAGAGGACUACUACACUAGUUUCCUGCUUCACUGUAAAGGAUGGAGAUCAAUCUACUGUAACCCAGACAGGCCUGCAUUUCUUGGGAAUGCACCGAUUAAUCUCCAUGAUUUCCUGAUCAUGCUUAAAAGAUAUUCUAUUGGACUUUUAGACAUGGCCUUUGGCAAGACUAGUCCCAUAACCUUCGGAGUCCAAUCGAUGAAUCUUCUCCAGGCCCUGGGUUAUACACACUAUUCUUUCUGGCCAGUUUGGUCCAUUCCAAUCACCAUUUAUGGUCUCUUGCCUCAGAUAGCCCUCGUGAACUCGUUGACAAUUUUUCCAAAAGCUUCUGAUCCUUGGUUUAUCGUAUAUGCAUUCCUAUUCGCGGGAUCAUAUGUGCAAGAUUUUAUGGAAUACAUACUUAAUGGCGGAACAUAUGCAAAAUGGUGGAACAAUCAGAGAAUGUGGAUGAUCAGAGGAAUCUCAAGUUUCCCGUUUGCAGUUUUGGAAUAUACACUUGGCUGCUUUGGCUUAUCGGCUCCUGGCUAUAGUGUAACAAGUAAGGUGGUCGAUGUCAAACAAAACCAGCGUUAUGAACAAGGGAUGUUUGAGUUUGGAGUUGCAUCACCAUUGUUCUUUCCAGUGACCACGACAGCAAUUUUAAAUUUAGUUGCAUUUUCAAGUGGCGUUGUACAGAUAUGGAGGAAUGCAAAUGCCGGUGAAGAUAUGUUUGUGCAGAUGUUUAUAGCUGGUUUCGUCGUCUUAAAUAGUUGGCCUGUAUAUGAUGCCAUAAUCUUCAGGGCUGAUACUGGGAAAAUGCCUCUGAAAGUUUCUUUGAUUUCAGUAGCUUUUGCUUGUAUUAUUUACCUAUCAGUUGCUUCAGCAUUUUAACUACAUAACUUGUAUCUGAUUUUCGAGAAGCUACUUAUUUACCAACGCAAACACCAAGUCUGGUUGCCUUCUGAGAAAAUUUUAUUAAGUUUCCUACAAAAUAAAAGAUUGUUUCCCUUUUUAUAGUAAUGCUUGAAAUCCUAACAAAAAUCAGAUACCUAAA